CUUAUUUAAUUAAUCUCUCUCUCUCUCUCUAAAAAAAGAAAAAAAGAAUAAAGGAAUUAUUAUUUAAUCGCCAAAGGAUUUUUGAGUUCGGCAAUGGAGGUUUCAUCGUUUCCAACUAGCUGCAAAUCACUCCAGCAGUCUCCUUCAGUAGAGGCGUUGCUCCCGAGAAAGUCAUGGUUUCCCCACUGGAAUCAGGUUCAUUUGUUUCCGACGAAGAAAGCCUUGAGGCCAUUAGUUGGCCGGACUGGAAAUUUAACUUGGAAACAAAAUCAUUCACAGGUUUUGAAAUGUCAAUUGAAGGAAGUUCCCAUUAUAGAGACAGGGUGCAUGGAGGAAAUAUAUGAUAUCCUGGCUAAACGUCUUGUUCCCAAUGCAGCAGCUGAAUCAAAUCCCAAUUUUAAGCAUAUUGUCGGUCUGUGUGGCCCCCCUGGUGCUGGAAAGAGUACUCUUGCAUUUGAGGUAGCUAGCCGUGUCAAUAAGUUAUGGCCCCAAAAGUCUUCUGCCUUUGAUUCUCAAGUCGAGUCCCCAGAAGUUGCUAUUGUGCUUCCCAUGGACGGCUUCCAUCUUUACCGUCAUCAACUGGAUAAAAUGAAGGAUCCAGAGGAAGCUCAUGCGAGAAGAGGAUCUCCUUGGACAUUUGACCCUGAACGACUGCUGAGAUGUCUUAUAAAUCUGAGGAACGAGGGAUCGGUGUAUGUCCCAUCUUUUGACCAUGGUGUGGGUGAUCCUGUUGAAGAUGAUAUAUUUGUGAGCCUUCAGCACAAAGUAGUGAUAGUUGAAGGUAACUAUUUGCUUUUGAACGAGGACGUGUGGAGGGAUAUCUCAUCUACAUUUGAUGAGAAGUGGUUCAUUGAUGUUGACAUUGAGAAAUCAAUGGAACGAGUCUUAAGGAGACAUAUAUCGACAGGAAAGCCGCCCGAUAUUGCUAAAUGGCGGAUAGAUUACAAUGACCGGCCUAAUGCAGAGCUGAUAAUCAAGUCAAAACAAAGAGCGGAUCUGAUAAUCAAGUCAGUCGACUUCUCAAGGUGAAAUGCACAAGAAAUAUAAGUAAUAUAUAUGUAUAUUUUCCUGCUCAAAUCCCUUACUUGUGAAUAAGAAAAAUUCAAUAAUGGCUGAACCUUGCUUCUGCAAGUAAAGCUUAUCGAAACUUUCAUGUUUAAUUUAUUAGGUUUUAUAUUUGCGGUAAGGUUAAUAAAGCUUUUACAUUUCUUUCAGAAAAAAGAUACAUUAAUUGUACUACUUAUCCUCUUGCUCCUCAAUACUCAACUAUUCAGGUAGUCGUAGUUUCUUGGUCAGUGGUCUUUAUUUGGCUGAAUGACAGAGUACGAAUUAGGUUAUUUUCUUGAUUCCA